GUAAUCAACCGCGAUGGCAGCACAGCUCCCCCGGGCCUCAAAAGCGUGCUGCCAUUGCCCGGCUUUCGCUCGCUGCCCAUCGCGCGCCCGGCACUCUCCUUCACUACCACUUGGCACCCCUCGCCAGCCAUAGUAAGCAGCCCCUGUACACAUAUGCACUAUACACUACCCCGCUACACAUGAUAUAGCUCCCCGGCACUAGUGGGGCCACCUCGACCAUGCUUAACAUGUCUGCGGCGACAACAUGAAAGAGUGGAAAGACAUCUACAAAAAACAGGACGACGAGGAAGGAGCAGCCUACGUUCAACAUGCGGCGCCUCACACGCUCCCCGACGUUGAUAGCGACACCCUCAGCUCAGACCCCGCAGACAGCUCAGACGACGAUGGUGAGGGGGCCGGAGGCGCUGAGCCGAGGGGGCAGGAGACAAAAUAUCCGCUGCCAUACGAUAGCAGCGCUGUCGUGGAAGACUUCUUCCGCAGCGUCACAGCGGCUGAUAAGGUGUGCAGCGAACUGCGCACCGCGACCCAGAAGGUGCUGCAGUGCAGUGCGGACUUCGAGGCUGCCAGCACGGCGUGCCCUGUGUGUGGCAAGCCCGGAGAUCCCAAGGGCAUGCCCCCUUUCAAAGUCACAGUAGUGACCUGGGACCAGCCCGUGAGCAUUGAUGUGCCACACGUGACCUGCAGCAGCUGCAUGCGUGGGUACACCCUGCGGCCCACUGUGCUCGGCUGCCUGCCCGAUACCAUUGUAUCGUGGGAUUUGCUUCGGCAACGUGACGGCAAUGUCAUCCUCUGGUGGCAGACCAGCCUUCUACAGCAGUUCACCAGCCUACAAUACUACAACGGGCACCUGGGCAUGGACCGCUUUUGUGCGGCUCUCAUGGCCAACUGGCAGGAGAACGGCUGUGAUAGCCAGGGGCUUACGCUGACGCAGCUGAGGCAGCGCCUUAGUUCUACAUCGCAGCGGUACCGAUUUCUGCGCGGGCUAGUGGAGGACCUGCCGGAACAGCUUCCGGGCUGGCCCGCAGGAGCCCUCAACGCAUGCGCCUGCUGCGGUGAUGCCGAGGGUUGGCAUGGUACUGGCGCGGGCAGCAGCAGCGGCGGCGGCGGCGGCGGUGCUGCCGGUGGCGCGACCACGGCCGCAGCGCCCCUGGCGGAUCUGGCGCACAGGGCCCGGGGGCAGGAUGGGCCGGUGGCUGAGGCGGCGGCGCCAGACGCACCGAGCGCAGGUGCCGGCAUGGGCAGCAGCAGCGGCGGCGGCGGCGGCGGUGCUGCUGGCGAUGCGACCACGGCCGCCGCGCCUCUGGCGGAUCUGGCGCACAGGGCCCGGGGGCAGGACGGGCCGGUGGCUAAGGCGGCGGCGCCAGGCGCGCCCAGCGCAGGCGCCGGCAUGGGCAGCAGCAGCGGCGGCGGCGGCGGCGGUGCUGCCGGUGGCGCGACCACGGCCGCAGCGCCCCUGGCGGAUCUGGCGCACAGGGCCCGGGGGCAGGAUGGGCCGGUGGCUGAGGCGGCGGCGCCAGGCGCGCCGAGCGCAGGCGCCGGCAUGGGCAGCAGCAGCGGCGGCGGCGGCGGCGGUGCUGCCGGCAGCGGCGGCGCGAGCCCUUCACUUGGGUUCGCGUGGCGGCCAAUGCUGGCGGCCGCUGAGCCGGCUGGUCGAGGCCCUCCUAUCUUUCAUACUGGCGCGUUCGAUUGCAACUUCAAGCUAAGCCUGUUUAAGAAGAAGGGACUCACCCACAAGUACGGCCUCGACUACCGCCAACUGUCGCGCCGGCGGUACACCCUGGGCAAUGCAUACGUGAGGGGCUUUGAGCCGCCCAAGGGGUCUGCGGACGUAGGUCGCAAUGCGGACUGCUCCAGCUUCACCGCGGACAAGGUGCUGGCCAAGGAGGAGGCCGGGAAGCUUGUGACUGCAGCUGGCGUGGUCCUGUGUCGGCAUGGUAUGCUACUUCGCCUCGUCAACCUCUUUCACGGGGAACGUCACAUGUACGCGACGGCGGCGGCGGCGUCCAUCCUGGCUGCGGGAACCGCUGUGCAGUUCUGGUGGUACGAUAUUGCCUGCCGCUGGAGCAAGUCGUGGCAGAAGUGGCACCAAGCUCUGGACCCGUCAACGGCGUGGCUGGGCGUCGCAGCGGCCAUGGUCAGCCUCGUGCCGCCGUUCCACAGCUAUGCCCACAGCUACGAGUGCCAGAAGACUUUCGGGCACCAAGGGCAAACGGGGGCAGGGCGGGGCACAGGAGAGAUCGUCGAAAUCUUCAACUCGCAGGUCGGGAAGCAGGGCAAGGUGCUGCGUUACACGUCGCCUGCGCACCGUGAGAGUGUUCUGGAGGAUGUGGGGCGCCGCUACUGCCGCCAGGUCGAGCUUGGCCUGCCCGCUCGGGUUUACCGCAUGCGGUUGCGGGCCCAGGCAGCACAUGAUGCAGCGCAGGAUCGGAUUGAGACUCUGGAGGCCACGCUGACGCCGCAACAGGUCGAGAUGGCAUGUGCCGGGCAUGCCGCUCAGCGCUCCCAGCAGCGGCAUGACCAGCCCAAACGACACGCCAACGCGGAUGCAGUGGCAGGCGAGCCAGGGUGGAAGGCAGUGUAUGCCCGCUGCCGCCUGGCGCUGAUGAAGCUGCAGCGUCUGGACACGGUAGACAACCCGGCCGACCCCGUGCCUCUCAGCGUUCUGGUUGCCGGAGGUGACAAUCUGACGCUCCGACAGCGGCCUGCACUCAUCAAGCAGCUGGAGGAAGAGAAGAAGAAGCUGGAGCAGGAGCAUGCGGCGGCUGCUCCGCCACCACGCGAGUGGGAGGCGGACUCUGCUGCAUUCAAGGAGGCUGUCAGUGACCUGGCCGAGAGCGAGAUCAAGAAGAUCACCAGUGAAAUCGAGGUAGAGUGAUUGUGGUUGGGCAUGUGUAAGGCAGUCGGGGUAUAGGGCAGUGCCACGGCAGGCUGACUGUUGCGCUGCGGAAGUGUGCGCGGCGUUCACUAAUUUUGGGCUUCAUUGCAGGGCCUGGUGCUGGACUACAACAGCCUGAAGGUCAUAACGGAGAAGCUGGCGGGGAGGAAGAAGGAGCAGAGGUAUGCCAUCAAGGAGAAGCAGCGCGUGAAGGGGCAGCUUAGACAGCAGUGGGGCCGCUUGGCUGCCUGGUGCCGUGUGGACGCUGCAGGGCAGCAGGGACGGGAGGAGAAGGCACGCAACAAAAAGAUCUUGGAAGGGGGCUUGGCGGCGGUGCUUCGGGGGACGUUUCCAUGGGCCAGCGAUUCUGGGGCUGGAUCCAGCGGAGGGCGAGCAGUCGCUAGCCUUGUGCGCAGCUACAACCAGCGUGCUAGGGCGAAGGAGGAGCUGCGCUUGAUUGAGGCAGAGGUUGAGCGGGGCUGCGCCUACUACGAGCGCCGUGUGAGGAUUCUGAAAGCGGCGCAGGAAACAAGUGCGCCAGGCUUGGGGCUGCUGCUUAAGCCUCACCUUUCCCGCUGCGAGUUGAUGCUGAAAUCAUUUCAGGGACUGCAGCGCGGAGAUGUGCCGGACGACACUAGCCUUUCUGUGGAUACCGAGUAGGGUAGGCAUGCUGUUGUGCGCCGGCUGGCUUUGGUCGAGGUCGGCCGAUGGUGCUGUAAGUCGCAGAAUAGCAUUGAACAAGCAUACAAGUAAUGUUGGCAAGGCCGGCGGGGCCAGGCGGAGUAUUUGAGUUGGGCGGGUGUGCUCAGACAUGUCCGCUAGGGCGGGGGUUCGGGCGUGUCCCAGCCGGCACCCGGUUUGGUCGAGGUCGGCCGAUGGUGCUGUAAAUCGCAGAAUAGCAUUGAACAAGCAUACAAGUAAUGUUGGCAAGGCCGGCGGGGCCAGGCGGAGUAUUUGAGUUGGGCGGGUGUGCUCAGACAUGUCCGCUAGGGCGGGGUUGUGGCGGGUCCCAGCCGGCACCCGGUUUGGUCGAGGUCGGCCGAUGGUGCUGUAAAUCGCAGAAUAGCAUUGAACAAGCAUACAAGUAAUGUUGGCAAGGCCGGCGGGGCCAGGCGGAGUAUUUGAGUUGGGCGGGUGUGCUCAGACAUGUCCGCUAGGGCGGGGUUGUGGCGGGUCCCAGCCGGCACCCGGUUUGGUCGAGGUCGGCCGAUGGUGCUGUAAAUCGCAGAAUAG